AGGCUGCAGUCUGAAUUAAUGGGCUUGAUGAUGGGCGUGGUGGUCCAGGGAUAUCUGCGUUUCCAGAGGAAGACAACAUCUUCUGCUGGAAAGGGACGAUAACAGGAAGCUAUUGGCAGGGAGAAAAACUAGUUUUUACAAGAGACAUCUUACUGGGGAAGAUUGGGUGAUUCAGAAGAACUAUGAAGUAUGAACAUCAAAGAGUGUGCAAAGGAGUCCAGAUAUGAUAAAUCAGCUCGAGAAACUGCUCAAAACGUUUUUUGCUCAUGUCCAUCGUUUUUAGUUUCUUUCACGUCAUUAGACUCUAUCGUAGCUAUGGAGGGUUUGGCUGUCUCAUCAGGUGAAGGGUCUCAACACGUCUCGACUCAUCAGGUGAAGGGUCUCAACACGUCUCGACAACCUCCUGUGCUUAUUCCAAUUGGAUAUGGUACAGAGGAAAUAGAAGCUGUUGUGUUAGUUGAUGUACUACGGCGAGCUGGUGCUGAGGUCACUCUUGCUUCUGUGGAGCAGAAGCUAGAGGUUGAAGCAUCCUCAGGGACCAAAUUGCUUGCAGAUGUCUUAAUCUCUAAAUGUGCUGAUCAAGUUUAUGAUCUUGUGGCUUUACCGGGAGGCAUGCCUGGUGCUGUUAGGUUAAGAGACUGGAAUUCUUGAGAAGAUCAUGAAGAGACAAGCUGAAGAUAAGCGUCUCUGUUACUUAAUUUUUAUAGGUACUGGUGGAAACCCGCUUCUUGGAGAACAAGCUGCAGAAGAAUCAAAAGAUGCAAUUGCCAAUGCUCUUAAAAGAUCAGACCUUGUUUUCAUAUGUGCUAGAGUAUGGAGAGCAAACUCUAAAGUUGAAUUCAUAGCUGAUGCAGUCGGAACCACUGUGGCUUGGCCUAAUGACAAGAUUAUAUUCAUUUGAGGCUGACACAUUUGAGUUUAUGUAGUACUAUGAACUUGUAUCUUUAGAAUGUUUGUGGCUUUGUAACAUUCAAUCUUAUUGGAUAUUUUAAAUUUCUAUUAA